UAGGAGAUCGAUGAAUCAUGUCAUGUCCCUCUUGAAUUAAUAUGAAUACCAUUUAUUUUUCCAAAGGAAAAAAACAUCUUUCCAAACAAAACUAGGAACCGUGGGUCAAAUUUCGGGAAGAUCUCCACCGGUUUCAGCUGACCCGAAUUUCCCCCCCAAAUUGCUUUCCGAUCUGUUGAGUUUAUGUGUCUUUCUUCACGUUUCCCCGUAAAGUACUUCCAGUGGGAGCAUGAUUUCAUCUCUUCCGGUCUGAUAAUCUGCUGCGUCAUUUGAUUGUAGAGUUAAAAUGGAAGAUUUCGAGAAAUUUGAAGGCGCGGAUGGUGUUAAUCCGCCCAGAGAUGGCGUUUCCAGUGGGAAAUCGGGUGCGGAGAAGAUGGAAGCUGCAAUCAUGGAAGAACUCUUCAAAUUGAGGGGACUUCCCCAGUACAGCUCUUAUGUGAUUCAUCGAUUACGGGUUUUGAACAAAAUCCUGCAGCUUUUGUCCAUUCAGCGAACCAAAACACAAGAUGAGGAGUUGGAAUCACUGUUUGCUGGGCUUUCUAUUGGCUGAUGAAUUAGUCUCUAUCCAGGGUGACUGAAGAAGUGUAAAAUAUGCUCGAGAAUGCUUUUCAUAUUACCAAAGCUUGGAGUAACUAUUUUCUACAUCUGAUUUAGUACUUUUUCUUAUUCAAAAAACUCAACACACGCACAAACACACUCUAAGCCAUUAUGGUAUAGUUGUUUUCAGGGCACUUGUUUCACUUAUUUGUAGAACUCGAUUAAACGUUUAUGAUAUUGGAUAGCAUGAUUCUUCUUAAUUUGACACAACCAUUGCUAUACUCUCGGGUGUCGUAGCUUAGCUUGUCAAACACAAUUCUAUGUGUUUGCAAAUUAGCUUUAGAUUGAUUGUGACUUAAGAAAUGGUGUCGUAGCUUAGUCGAUCAAUUGAGGAUAAAAGAGAGAAAUUGCCCUGGUUCGACUCGUCGAUGAAAGACAACCAGGUUCUUGUUGUUGAUGGACGUUGCACAGUUGGCAAAGGUAAAUUGUAUCAAAUGCGUAAGAUUCGAGUUUGAUUCGUGGCGACUGUGCGAAA